AUGCUUCACAACCAAAGCUCUGCAUUUGAGCUCGUAAGCGAUUACACCUCUCCUACGUUUAUCGCAGCGUAUCAACGCUUCGUUUCUCGCCGAGGAUUACCGACGUCCAUGUACUCCGACAACGGAACCACAUUUCACGGCGCCGAUCGCGAACUUUCAAGCGCACAUGCCGCUGCAAUACGCGAUCCUAAUUUCCGUAACCGACUCGCUUCCGACGGAACUGCGUGGCACUUCCUACCUCCCGCGUCGCCACACUUCGGUGGUCUGUGGGAGGCCGGCGUUAAAAGCGUUAAGCAUCAUUUAAAACGAUGCAUCGGCCUCCACACGCUAACUUUCGAGGAGAUGUCUACGCUCCUAUGUCGAAUCGAAGCGUGCCUUAAUUCGCGUCCGAUCGCGCCCGUUUCCGAUAAUAUCGACGACUAUCACGCUCUGACUCCCGGUCAUUUUUUGAUCGGAACCUCUCUUAUCGCUCCUGCCGAACCAAGCGUGCUUGACUUAAGCGAAAAUCGACUGUCGCGUUGGCAGAUGGUUCAACAAAUGACCGAAGGUUUUUGGUGGUCUUGGUCUGGUGACUACUUGCAUACCCUUCAAUAA